CACUGCUUCACGCCUUUCAUUACUUCCGUUAUGACCAUUACCUUCUCUUCAGGCUGCCCUGCUACUACUCCUAUUCCCACUCCUUCGCCUGUUGCUGGGUAUGACUCUUGCUAUGCAAACUUUGUCAUUACUGCAGCAAACUGUACUAUUACCGUCGAUAAUCAAUUCACGCCUUGCCAAUGCGACGCUUCUGGUAAUUGUUCAGGGGUAUCAGUAGCUGGCACUCCCACAGCCGACGCGACUCAAGCCAUCCCAUGUAACGGUCAACCUAUCCCAUUCCCAUCCACUGGCAGCUCUGAAUUCUCUGUUUCAGGAUCAUGCACAUACAAGAAAGCAGGUUCUGCCACUACAAAUAAUAAUACCAGUGCUGGAAUUUCACUGACCAAGUCAAACAUGCUAAUUGCUGCUAGUUUAGUGCUUUGUGCUGUUAUCGGUAGCUUUUAAAUAUAAUACAUCGAAUGUGUAAUGUAGCUUGACCAGCCCAUUUUUCCGCACCUGUUGACUUAAUGAUUGACAGUGAGAGGAUUUUGGAGUUAUAAUUUGUUGAUCUGGCAGAUUCGACAGAGACAGUUUGAACUACCACCUUCAAAGUUGCCUUUGCGUAUGUGAUAUAGGAAUUGGUAUUUCUAACCUUGUUUUCUCAAGAGAUUUUACCCUUUUCAAAUACAACCAUGAAACAUUCGCG